CGUGCGUGCGUGCGUGUGUAAUUCUGUUUACUGUGGAGCAGCGGAGCGCAUUACAGCAGCAUGAUGGAUUACUGAAAGGACUAAAACAGAAUCAUGCCUACUGUUCUUUGCUUUAAAAAGUGGCAACGUGUAGGAAUUUGCGCGAGCGUCGGUACUUAUCACACAUUGCAUGACUUUGGAGUUAUGGUCAUGCGUUGUGCGCUGUAUUGUCUGAGCUGAGACAGUACCGGUGUUGGGGUUGAAGUGUUUACCGCGGUUUUGUCAGUUGAACCCGUUUUCCGGUUGAAGGUGUGCUUGUGCGCAGCUCUUGUAUUUUCGGUUUUGCUCUGUGGCCACGCGCGCGGAUGAGUAGCAUCGCUAUCCGCGUGUCUCCAUGUCGCGUUUGGAGCUGCGCCUAAAGCGCACGGGAGCCGCUGGAAGUGCAUGGCUCAGAGCUGCUAGCGUUUCCACAGACUGAUGUCGGGAACUGGAUAUGUACACACAUCAGCACCUGCUUGGAGGAAGAAGACUUUGAAGAAGGUUGGAGAGGUGCUUCGUCUCAUCACCCCCCUGAGGCUUUUUCUGCAGGACAGAGCGGAUCUGCUUGGAUGAGACAUGACCCACUCCUGGCCUUCCCAGCAGCCCCCAGGAGGAGGGGGGACAGAACGAUUCCUGUAUUCGGAUUCAAAAGAAGGAAAACGCCACAACACUCAGCACAAACAAGUAAGGAACGAUGCCCCUAUAAGGAUGCCACGUGUGGCCCCUCACAAAUCCAUGCUUGCUGAUGACCUGAAGCUCAGUAGUGAUGAGGAUGACAGUGACAAGGGACCCCAUCAAAAUGCUUCCUGGUCUGAAAAUCACAACCUGUCAGGGCAGUACAUACACACACAUGGCAGGAGGGCAAGACAUUCCAGCUCAGGCUCCUCAGGAUCUGAUUCCUCCAGUGAGUCUGGGAGCAGUAGCCAGCGGUCACGCAGCCCAAGCCCAGAAGCACAGACUCAACCUGAGAUCCCUAGCCAGCCAUUGCCGCUUACCUUCAGCAAAGAGAAUCAGCAUCCAUCCUUGACACACUGGCAGCUGGACAAGUGGCUUGAGAAAGUUCAUAAAACCCGACCGUCAGAUCACGACCCAGGAGGAGGUCACAGCUCUAGUGCAGGCUUUGAUUCUGAUAGAGGACCAUCUCCAGGAAGAUAUUGGGAUAGAGACUCCGGCCUUGGAACAAGAGGGAGCUACAGUCCAAGCCAGAGCCCUGUUCCCAGCCCUAAGUUUGACUACAGCCCGAGGCAUAGUCACGGAUCUAGUCCGGGAUAUAGCCCUUGCCCAAGCCCAGGAAUUACCCCUGUGCCAAGUCCAGUUCCCAGUGUUUGUCCAAGCCCAGGUGCUAGCUUAAGAAUUAGUAGAAGUCCCAGUCCUUUACCCCCUCACCCUCCAAAAAGCCCUAGCCUCCCUUCUGCUCCUGCUUCUCCAAGAAUCACUUCUUAUACUCAGGUUCAACAGGAAAGCUCCAGACUUUCCACACAGGCUCCAUAUACCUCCAGUCCUGUGCGUCAACCUAAGGUUAGACCAUGGUUGCCACCAGACCAUAACACUCAACGUAUUAAUAAUUCUAGACAGAAAGAUUCUAGACAACCUGCCCUCCCACAGCAUCAUUCCAAACACAUCUCAAGUCACAAAGAGACUCCACACAGACCAAGAUCCCAAAGCAGUGAAUUGAGGUCAAAAUCCAGGUUUAGUCCUGCUCCACAUCAAUCCCAGUCUAGCUCCAGUUCCAACCUCAGCCCUAAAACAAAGGCCAGACACUUGUCUUCCACUGACCGUAGCACUGAACAUAGGCACAGACCCAGGGAUCAUAAGAGUAAAUUGAGCAUAAAUUCCAAAACAAAUCCCAGCCCCACACCCAAACUUAAGGCCACAGUUGAGACAAACAGUCACUCAGUACACAAUUCCAGCUCUAGGCCACCACCUCAGCCUGCCCCAGAAAUUUCAGCUAGGUCUCACUCAAAAACUAGCUUGAGAGUCAGCCCCAACAGAAAACCAAAAACACAAUCCAGGGAGGAAGCUGUGCCCAGCACUCAGAGUUUUAAGAAGGAACAAAAGCCAAGGGAACGAGAGCCAGAUUUACAUAGCCGGAGUAAGGCCCAAGGAAAAGGCCUGGUCCAUUCUACAGAAGUUCAAAGACACAGGAGACUGGCGGAGGAGCAGUUAGCAAGGCAGCACUGGGUCCAGAGUUCUGAGGAAGAGGGUGAGGAAGAGGACAGGAGAAAAGAGCAAGGAGAUAGAGAAAAGAAGAGGAGGAGGAGGAAGGAGCAUAAUGCUGAAUGGCAGGCGAUACAGCCCAAGCAGAGACCCCACACCAACAGUCAGCAUCAGCCCCGAACUGAAUGCAGUGCACCUGAGCGGGAGGACCAGAAAAGGAAGAAGAGGAGGAGAAGUAGUGAAGAGCAUUCCUCCAAUCCUGGAGUUAUAGACUCCAACCCAUCUCCUCCACUAUCUCCACCCUCUCCUACUCCCGCUGUCCGCCCUACACGCCGACCUUUUACUUCUUCUUCCUCUUCUUCCUCUUCUUCCUCCACAUCUUCCUCAGAUUCAGACUCUGAGCCCAGUCCACCCCCAAAUGUUGCUAAAGUCCCUGCGGACUCUACAUCCAGCCAGAGACCCGCACCAAAGGAGAGGCAUCAGGAACAAAGAAGAUCCUCUAAGUUGAGAGCAUCAAAUGAUGCUUCUCCGGAUGAAGGGCAGCAGCAUCCAGGCAAACACAAACUCUACACUCUGGUGCCAUUUGGCCGUACUGAGAAGUCCACAGCUGUCUCGCAUCGAGGACUGAGGAAUCUGGUUGUCAAGAUAGACCUUUCUCUUCUGGCAAGAGUCCCUAACACAAGUGAGGUCCCAAAUAAAGGAACUUCAUCUUUAUCAUCAUCCUCAUCAUCAGCUAAAGCUGUAGAAAAGACCUCCAUGAAGCAUCAGUACCACCAAGACACUGGAGAUUCCAAAAGCAAACGGAAGGCUGAGAAUGGAGAGGGUCAAAGGGAAAGUAAGAGAAGCCAUAUUCGCACUGAAAAGCUCCCAGUUUCCACACACUCACCUGAUACUGAAAAACAGGAGGUUCAUCCUGACAACAAACAGAAUGACCAUCAUGCGGAUUAUAUCUACACCAAGAGGCCACUGUCCCCACUCUCUCCUCUCUCCAAUCCUUCAAAGAUGCAGCAUUUUGACCAGCAACAUACGAACCAACCAAGAGACAGAGAGUCUAGUGUGAAAAAAACACAGAUACAGAAAACUCGGCCCAAGAUAGAAGCAGAAUCUGCUGGGGCGUCGGGAAACACUCAGCCUCCAUCUGGAACCUGGGUUGCAUCUGCAAAGGAACUGUCCUACAGAGGAACUGUGCCUUACAAUGAUGUCUCACACCAUGCAGAGUACUACAUGCAUGAGGCCAAGAGAUUGAAGCAUCGAGCUGAUGCUAUGGUGGAUAAAUUAGGGAAAGCUGUAAAUUAUGUUGAUGCUGCUUUGUCCUUCAUGGAGUGUGGCAAGGCCAUGGAGGAAGGCCCUUUGGAAGCUAAGUCUCCUUACGCAAUGUAUGCAGAAACGGUGGAACUCAUUAGAUAUGCCAUGAGGUUAAAAAGUCACACAAGCCCUGGAGCCAGGCAGGAGGACAAGCAGCUGGCUGUACUUUGUUUCCGUUGUCUUGCACUUCUAUACUGGCAAAUGUUCCGGUUAAAAAAAGACCAUGCCCUGAAAUACUCCAAAGCUCUGACGGACUACUUUAAGACUUUACCAAAAGUGCCUCAUCCACCAACUGCCUGGAAUGAUACCACCAAGGGAAAUGUGCCACCAAGUUGCAUAUCCCCUGUUGGUUUUACUGGGUUCCAGCCAGGCUCCCUUUUCAUUAACAUUCCCAAUCGUAUCCACCAGAUGGCAGCAAAUCACCUCAAUAUCACCAACAGUGUGCUUUACAGUUAUGAGUACUGGGAGGUAGCUGACACAUUGGCAAAGGAAAACAAAGAGUUUUUUAACUACCUGAACACACUGACUGGUCCCCUGACUCUACACAGCAGCAUGGCUCAUAUAGUCCAGUACACACGACAAGGACUACAAUGGAUACGGAUCAGUGCCAAUUUGUCCUAGCUUUCAGACUCAGCCAACAUAUUGAAGACUUUUCUGUAUUACACACUGAACCCACAUUCAAGACAGUUCAUUUACUUUUAAUUUAUUUUAAGAAGCUGUUUCUCUAAUUGGGCAAAAAUCCACUUUUACAGUACUGUAUAACAGGACCUGAGAAUCUCUUGUGGAAAAAUAAAAAAGUAAUAAUGGUCUUGCUAAGUUUCUUUCCACAAUUAAGAGAUGUAAGGAAAGCACUAGACUUAAAUAACAAUUUUGAAUGAAGUGGAGAAAGUGUCCUAUAAAAAAGUGUGAAUACCUGUAGCAAUGCCACACAGUGGUACUUAAAUACAAAGAGCGUUACUUUGCCAAAUGUGCCACAUUUUUAUAAAAUGUGGUGAAGAAACCUUUCCUUGUGUGUAAAACUAUUUGGAAUAAUGUGGCUUAAAAUAGUGAAGUGUUUUAUUUCAGUAGCUCUUGGCAUUUGCCAGCAUAUGUAUGUAAACAGAAUACUUUUUAAGUUAUCAUAUUUUUGUAUUUUAUAUGAGUUAAUUUUGAUGUUCUUAAAGCACUGUGAAUGUUUAAACAUUUUUAUAAAAAUGACUUUUAUAAAGACUUUU